UCUGCAUUUCAACCUUAUCAAAAAUUAAAUUGAUAUUUAUGGGCUAAUCUGGAAACCUAAAGUUUGUUUCACUACAACUAUAAGAAAAUAUGUUCAAAUUCCCAUUGGCUGACUUAUAAAGGGGCUUCUGGAACAUAACUUAAUGUAUGAAGUACUCAUUAAGCCCUAACAAUUACCCUGAAGAUGGUAUUAUGAAUAUGGCAACUUUUCUACGGGGCUUUGAAGAAAAGGGGAUAAAGAAUGACAGGCCUGAGGACCAGUUGAGUAAAGAGAAAAAGAAAAUUCUGUUCUCCUUCUGUGAGGUGUGCAACAUCCAGCUAAACUCUGCAGCCCAGGCCCAAGUCCAUUACAAUGGAAAAUCCCAUCGCAAGCGAGUCAAGCAGCUGAGCGAUGGGCAGCCCCCGCCGCCAGCUCAGGGCUCAGGGCAGCAGCUGGCCAGCCCCGGCACCAACACCAGCGCAGGCAGUACAUGCCACACUACCACCCUUCCUGCUCUUGUGCGCACACCUACCCUGAUGAUGCAGCCUUCACUGGAUAUCAAACCAUUUAUGUCUUUUCCAGUGGACAGUAGUUCUGCUGUUGGGCUCUUUCCAAAUUUUAACACAAAAAGAAGAGGCUUAUUUGGGACCAAUAAAUUCUGCCAGAUGGAUCCUGUGCAAAAAGCAGUCAUUAACCACACUUUUGGAGUGUCCAUUCCCCCAAAGAAGAAACAAGUUAUUUCUUGUAAUGUCUGUCAGCUUCGCUUUAAUUCAGAUAGCCAGGCCGAGGCCCACUACAAAGGAAGUAAACAUGCCAAGAAGGUCAAAGCACUAGAGGCAACGAAAAAUAAACCCAAAAUGGUUUCUUCCAAGGACAGCGCAAAGGCUAAUCCCAGCUGCUCCAUCACUCCAAUCACAGGCAACAGCUCUGACAAAUCAGAAGAUAAAGGGAAGUUAAAAGUCAACAGUUGCAGUCAGCCAUUGGGCUCCGAAGGGGGAUCCUAUCUCCUCAAAUCUGGCACAGCACCCUUGCCACCUGGAGCGGCCGCUUCUCCCUCGAAGAGCACAAAUGGAGCUCCCAGUACUGUUUCUGAAUCAGAAGAAGAAAAAGCCAAAAAAUUACUGUAUUGUUCACUAUGCAAAGUGGCUGUGAACUCCCUGUCACAGCUAGAGGCGCACAACACAGGAUCUAAACACAAGACCAUGGUUGAAGCUCGGAACGGGGCUGGUCCAAUUAAGUCCUAUCCUAGACCUGGAUCAAGAUUAAAGAUGCAGAAUGGCAGUAAGGGCUCAGGACUACAGAACAAGACAUUUCAUUGUGAAAUCUGUGAUGUUCAUGUUAAUUCAGAAAUUCAACUCAAGCAGCACAUUUCUAGCCGAAGGCAUAAGGAUCGCGUUGCAGGGAAACCACUGAAGCCGAAAUACAGCCCUUACAACAAACUCCAGCGGAGCCCGAGCAUUUUAGCAGCUAAACUCGCAUUCCAGAAAGACAUGAUGAAGCCUCUGGCCCCGGCCUUCCUGUCCUCGCCCCUGGCGGCGGCGGCGGCGGUGUCGUCGGCGCUGUCGCUGCCGCCCCGGCCGUCGGCGUCGCUCUUCCAGGCGCCGGCCAUCCCUCCCGCGCUGCUGCGGCCGGGCCACGGGCCCCUCCGCGCCACGCCCGCCUCCAUCCUCUUCGCGCCCUACUGACGCCCGGCGCCCCGGGCCCCCCGCCCCGGCCCCGACUCCAAAGACUAGGAAAUCACUAGGCUCAAGAGUGCUUUUAGGGACCGCUCCCCCGCUUAGGGAUCUGAGCAGCCCAGGCUUUAGCCCCCUCUUCCCUCCCCCGGCCUCCCCCACUCGAUUUGUGUAUCUGAGAUCAUUGGUUUCUUGCAAAUGUAUGGGUCAGAAAACAAAACAAAACAAAAUGUAUCUAUAUACCAUUCUCUGACUCUUUUUCCACGGGUGUGAUCUGGCUUAGAAAUGAUAAGGAAUAUUUUCCUGACAGACUUGAAAACUAGGGUCUUCCUCACACGUCUGUAAAUAACUCUGGAAUCCAACUGGGCACAUUCUAGUGUGGAACAAAAAUAGAUGAACACAAGUGCUCACUUGUGGACACCAUCUUACCAACGGAUCACAAUGUUUUCUUUUCUGUGUACUAUUGUCGACAGGGAUCGUGUACUGUUUUAGACCCAAGUACUGUUGUAUCCUGUGUAGUAAUAGUUCUGUAUCUCUUGUCUGAAUUCAACAUUUUUAGUUGCUGUGUAAAUGUUAGGAAGCAAAGUAGCUUUGAAUUUUUCAGAGAACAAAAGAUAAAGUAAUGUAUUUUCUUUAUUUCACGUUUUAUUUGGUGAUAUUUAAAAGAACUAGAAAGCCAUAUAACAUAGCUAUAAUUACUACCUGUUUGCUAUUUUUGUUUAACUUAUUUUGUAGCUUCCUCACUAGUUUGAGUUGCUAAGCAAAUGUAUACAACCAGAAAAAAGAGCUUCCUAAGUUGCGCAUUUUUGCACCUCUUGUGCAUUCUGCAAGGAGACAACGAAUCCAUGUAUUUCUACGUAAUUAUCUUCUUCAUUUUUAACCUGUUUUCAUUUGUAAUGAUGCUACAUAAUUUUGUGGCUCCCUAAUGCAAUAAUGUACAGAAGAUAAAAAAUUUAUAAUUGAACAAUUUGUCUUUCUGUUCACCAGAUAUGUUGCAGGUCAUGCUCCCACGCCCCCCUUUCUAAACUGGUAUUAACAAGACUGGAAUAUUUGUGGUAUCAGGGGCAAGAGGUAUCAUAAAAUAACAAAAUAGCGAGAACUCUUUCAGAGCAUCUAUAUCUGCAAUCUGUAAAUGGUAAAAUGUCUGUGUA